CACCAGGCGCCGCAUCCCAUUGGUCGCUCUGCCCAGGCCGGACGACCCAAGCGGAUCGUUCCCUCGCGGGCCGGCCAACCACCAAUCUCCAUUCUUAGUUGCACCAUUAGCAUGCAUGACCGCUGAACGUGGCAUGCUGAGACGCGAUCUUUGCAACGGAACCACCACCAGCCAUUGAAUCUUCAGUAGGGCGGAAAGAGACCAGGAGUCAAACCGCCAUCCUCGGCCAGAAUGACAGAAGCGACGGGUUGCCUCAAUGCUGGCGCCUGUGGGCAAGCCUGCAUGGUCAGAGGCUCCAACGUCGGACGGUCAUGCAGUCGUGUGCUGGCCUUCAUUAAGACCCUUCUAUUCUCCAUAAUGCUUCAGUCGCACGUCGUCGUCGUCUCGCUGCCGGCGAAUUCUUCCGAGUCUAUAUUACCCUCUCUUUCCAAGGAUACCUGGACUCCGUCUCUCUGUCAUCCCUUCGAUCCUUUGCCCUUCCCUUCCUUUCGCUCUGAUCGACCUCCGAAGUACAGCCCACACUAUGCCAGUGUCGCAUAUCGGCCUCACGGUUUCGCAUCUUCCCACCUCAUGUUCAUUCUUUCUCGCCGCACUGCAGCCACUGGGCUAUAGGUUUCUCGGGCAAUGGGGUAAUCAGAUCGGACUUGGGGUCAACGACGCCGACUUCUUCCUCACGCAAGAGACUCCCGGUAUCAAAGCCGGCGCUGCGCAUGUAGCCUUCGCCGCUUCUAGCCGCGUUGCAGUCCGCGAGUUUUACGCGAAUGCUCUCCAGGCGGGAGGGCGGCCCCAUGGCUCUCCAGCCUCACGGACGGACGGCGAAGAGUGCUUUAACGCUGCAGUACUUGAUCUUGACGGCAACAGUGUUGAGGUCGUUUUCCACGAAGGUGCUGCUGCGAACGAUGCCGCAUCUGACACAGGAAAGAGUCGCCUGCUCACCUGGCGCAAGGGUGUGGCAGCAAACUUGAGCGACAACAAGAGCACCGUAGAGAGUAUCGCGUCCGCUGCCACGGCUCUGGCCAAGCAGGCGAUGGUGCCCGCAAAUACAGCUGCACCUAGGAGUACAAAAGCGCCUUCCGAGGCGCCAACCGUUGCAGCAUCCAACGCUUCCAAGAUAUCAGCCAAACCGAUCUCAGAAGCGCCUAGUCUCCCAAGGAGCUUCACCACGCCGACACUCACACCACAGAGCUCGAACGAUAACAUCUCGAUAUCGCGCAAGACUCUGGUUGGUACGAUCCUGGGUGCCGCCGCUGGCGCGGCAGUCGCUUAUGCAAUGUGCAGAAGUGAAGAGGACAGUGCCAAGGCCGAGCAUGCCGCAUAUCUUGCUGCCAAAGGUGCGACAAAGUCCUUACAGGCCUCUCAUCCGCACUUGCUGGACGCUAAGCCUACUUACUCGUCGCCUGUCCGCUCUGUGAGGAAUGCAAGCGAGAUGGAGUACGCACACGGCCAUCAACCAGUCCGCGCAAUCGAAGCACCUCCCUCUGCCCCUCCCUCCAACUACUACGAACCAGUGUACCAGCACCCCUCCUUCACCACGGUGGUCAGCGGACAGCCCACCGCCGAGUCAAUUGCGAGCAAGAGCCGGAUGUCGGCAGCGCGCACGAAGUCCUAUCCUGAAAGCCAAGCCCGGAGCUCGAUAAUCUCUUCUUUCGUUCCGGAGGAGCAAUCCCGCAAGGCGACGGACAUGCCCGCCGUGGAAUAUGGAUCGAGUCCUGUUUCCGCAAAGUCCCACGUGUCCAAGACCAAGAGCUCGACAAGCGCGAGCAAACACAGCAGCGCUUCAAAACACACGAGCGCCUCGAAGCAUUCGUCCCGGACCGAGGAGGCUCCGCGUUCGCAUGGAAAGUCACCCUCGCCUCCUCAGUCCAACCUCGACCGCAUCAUCGAAUCCGACGGGGAUGUUCCUGUCAAGAAGAGCUCACCGCGCUCGUCGCGCGUCUCGAAGGGCACUUCCGUGCUUGGCCGCAGCGUGAUACCGGACACGUACCCCUCCUCGUCGGACCGCGAGGCCGCCAACGACUCGGACGACCUCGACACUAUCGUGCCAAGCGACUCCGUGUCGCAGGUCGGAUCCUCGUCGAGACGCUCGCACCGGCGACACUCCGAGUCCGGGAGUCACCACAGCAACGCCUCGAGGCGCACCAGCGGCGCGGCCGACGACGGCGACAUGCUCGCCGUGGAACCGAAAAAGAAACACAAGAAGAAGAAGAGCCAUCGCGCGUCCGAGGCCGGCACCGACAGCACCGUCACGCCGGACAAGCUCGCCGCCACCCACCAGCUUCAUUCCAGCCACUCCGCUCUCCAUCACCCCGGCUCCGGUGUCGCCGCCAAACCGGGCAGCGUGACGAGCCUGCCCGUGCGAGGAAUCACGCCCAGCAUGAUCGGAAGCGGCGUGCACCCACGAAGUGUGGUUUCAUACUACGGCUGAUUGGACAUCACAAACAUGUACGGCAUAGCGUUGGCGUUCUUUUUUUUUUCAUUUUUUGUGUUUAUUCUCAUCUCUUUUCUCCUUUUUUUGUCCUCAUUUUGGGGAGGGGAGAGGGGAACUCGACUUGGUUCUGCAUUUGUUCUUGAGUUCGCCAUGUUUUUUUUGUCCCCUUUCAACCUAACCACUUCCUCAUCUUCUCCAAAUCCCCUUUUUCCCUUCUUUUCAUCCAUGCUUUCGUCUCUCUCACUCUCACUCACUCAUUCUCACUCUCGCUCUCAUUCUCGUUCGUGUAUGCUUGUACGUGCGUUUCGUGCGUGCGUUCUUUAUUUUCUUUCUCUAUUUUUUUUUUCCCUUCCGGAACACUUGUGGAUUGCUUUUUCUGUGAUAGAGCUGUGUUAAGUUUUGAGCGUGAUUGUCUUGAAGCAGCGACAGCGGGAGAGGCGAGAUGGGAGGAUAGGACGAGAGAGUAGGAGAUUCGAUUGAGUGUAAGAAGUAUGAGAGUGAGUAGACCUUAUGUCUGAGAGAAAGAGACUCGAGAGAGCGCGCACGUGUGUCUUUGUGUUAUCCGGCGGCAUUCAGUGACAGCUAUUCUUUCUUGCAUGCAAACGCUUAUGAAUAGUAACGACGGCCGCCGUGCGCAGCCCUUUCUUCCCAAUUCCCCUCUAGCGAGUCAGAAGUCGCACCUUGGUCCAAACUUUCUUUUCUGUUUCUCACUCAUGUCCCUUGUUCGACUGCACCGCUCGUCUGUCUACGCUCCUCACCCAUCCCCAACAUCGCGCAGCACGCAGUCACACGUAGCUUAUGCUUUAAACGCGCGAGAGAGGU